AGACCUCAAGGCGAACACAAAUUAUCGAGGUAAAGGAGCCGGUUAAGUAAUCGAACAGGUUGAACCACUAAAGCACCGAAUGCAAACGAACCAGCAAUUUUAUGAAAUUUUUGUAUAUUCAACAUCCGACUGUCAAUCAAGAACUAGCUUCGCGUGCGAUUGUGUCGGUGGACCAUGCAUGUCGUAACUUGGCGAAGUAUGACUGGGAGCAAGUUUCCUAUAAACUUUACCUUGUGACCUCUAGCAAUGACCGACGUAUAAAAAGGCGAAAGGAAGGAAACUAUGUAAUUGAUUUCACAAAUCGUAUUCAGCCACUUUAGAGAUUCUUUUAGCAGCCAGAGAACAAACGAUGAAGAACAUCUUGAUCCGC